AUGGAUAUGUAUGAUACAUUUCAUCUGCAGAGUAUACUCCACAGUAUAGAGGAAAUAAGCGAUAAGAACAUAAGCUUAAUCAGAGACAUUGAAACCAUAGAAGGCAAGGCAAAUGAACAAGAUGCUACCCAACUGAUAGACAGUUUGAAAGAACAUCUGAAAGCGUCGCAGGAAACCAACGCACAGUUGCAGAAAACACUUCAGAGUCAAAGCACUGCUCUGAAAGAAGACCUAGAGAAAUUACAAAAACAACAUGAGGCAGCAGAAAAGGGACAAAUGGAACCUGGUGAACUGUCCAAUCAGGAGAAAGAGUUGACUCUCCAACUAAAAUCACAGAUGGCUAAGAACGUGGAACUACAAAAUGGCAGAUUGAAGACAGAGCUGGCUCUACACGAGAGGAUUGAAGCCCUCAAGUUAAUGUCCCAGACUAAUAAACGAUUGCAGGCCGAUGUCAAUACAUCAAGAAGCAACUCACAGAAGUUGUUGAAGUUAUUUGAUAAACGGGCUAAAGAAGCUGAAAGGAGACUAACUGAGAUGGAGGAGGAAUUAAAAAGAACGCAGGAAAAUGCCAAAAAGUAUCAAGAUUUGUACGAGACGGAGAAAAGAAAGAGACAGAUAAAAGCUAAGAGUGAUGGUGAGGGUGAUGGCUCUCAAGAUAAACAAGAGUAA